AUGUCGGGUCGUGGAAAGGGAGGAAAGGGUUUGGGCAAAGGAGGAGCCAAGCGUCACAGGAAGGUUCUGAGAGACAAUAUCCAGGGAAUCACCAAGCCGGCGAUUCGGAGGUUGGCUCGUAGAGGUGGAGUCAAGCGUAUCAGUGGUCUGAUCUACGAAGAGACUCGUGGUGUCCUCAAGAUCUUUUUGGAGAAUGUCAUUCGUGACGCCGUCACCUACACCGAGCACGCCAGGAGGAAGACGGUGACCGCCAUGGACGUCGUUUACGCUCUCAAGAGGCAAGGAAGGACUCUCUACGGAUUCGGCGGUUGA